AUGGCCGCUCGGCCUCUUGUCAGUCUGGUGACGGGAGCUUCAAGUGGCUUUGGCGCGUUGACGGCGCGUGUACUGGCAAGAUCCGGGCACCGGGUCUAUGCUGGCUUUCUUCAAUCCAACGACGACCAAACUUCGGUGUAUAAAGACGCCGCGACAUUCGCCAAAGACAACAAUUGCCAGCUUCAAGGCAUUGAGCUCAACGUGGUAAAAGAUGAUUCAAUCAGGAGUGCGAUUGACGAGAUCAUGGCCAAUGAGGGACGGAUUGACGUUGUGGUGCACAAUGCAGCACCAUACUUUGCGGCCAAGGCAGCCCAAGAUUCUCUUGCACAGACUUAUGCACUCGAAAUUUCCCGGUUCGGGAUAGAAACAUCCAUUAUUGUCCCUGGUGUGUUCACCAAAGGGACCAAUCAUUUUGCCACGGCCAUGAAAGCAGCAGAUACCGCCGUAGAGAAGGAGUACAUGGAAGGCGUGUUGAAAGGAUGGGAUCAAAUUAGCGCCGAGGGUCACGACAAGAUCGUUUCCCCAGACGCUGAUCCGGCCGCUGUGGCCGAAGCGGUCUGUCGAGUGGUCAGUACAGAGCAUGGCAAACGUCCAUUUCGAGUCCACGUGGAGUAUGACGGAGGCGGGGCGGCGAUUGUCAGUGGAGUGCGUGAUUUGGUCAGAGAGACCUAUUUGACCAAGCUAGGCCUGGCAGACCUGAUGAAGGUCAAGGUUUUCAUCUGA